AUGGUGCUGACGCGAGGCUUGGGCACCUGCCGCCGAGGAACACCGGGUGAUAGCCGCUCCUUCCUGACUCCCGCGCCUGAGCGGGUGCUCUCCGAACCGGCCUCUGAACUAGGUCUGGAUACAGCCAGUGCCCUGCAGAACAUCAUUGUCUGGGGCCGUGUGCACAUCCUUCCCAUCCAGACUGAAUUCACCUGCUGUAGGUCUCACCUGGUCAGGGUGCCGAUCAGUGAUGGUUUGCUCAAGAAAUCUCUGGCACUCUUCCCCCUGUUCAACACGGCGGCGGUGGUAGAAGAAAAUGUGCAGAGACUGAAACAGCGAAUUAUGGCUCCCCAGGACGUCUCUAGAGCUGGUCGCGUACAAAUGAAAGAGCUUGCCACUAUGUUCUUGUCUGAGGAUGAAAACUUCCUUCUGCUCUUUCGUCAGGAAACCCCCUUGGACAGCAGCGUGGAGUUUAUGCAGAUUUGGCGCAAAUAUGAUGCUGACAGCAGUGGCUUUAUAUCAGCUGUUGAGCUGCGGAACUUCCUCCGAGACCUCUUCCUCCACCACAAAAAGGCCGUCCCUGAGGCUAAGCUGGAUGAAUACACCGGCACCAUGAUGAAGAUCUUUGACAAAAACAAGGAUGGCCGGUUGGAUCUUAAUGACUUGGCAAGGAUUCUGGCUCUUCAGGAAAACUUCCUUCUCCAAUUUAAAAUGGAUGCUUGUUCCACUGAGGAAAGAAAGAGGGACUUUGAGAAAAUCUUUGCCCACUAUGACGUUAGUAAAACUGGAGCUCUGGAAGGCCCAGAAGUGGACGGGUUUGUCAAAGACAUGAUGGAGCUGGUCCAGCCCAGCAUCAGUGGAGCAGACCUCGAUAAGUUCCGGGAGAUUCUUCUGCGCCACUGUGAUGUGAACAAGGAUGGAAAAAUUCAGAAGUCCGAGCUCGCGUUGUGUCUUGGGCUGAAAAUCAACCCAUAA